AUGAAUGUUGAACUUGCUGACUCGAUAAGCAAAAGAGGAAUAUUCAGCGUGCAGCAACUAUUGUAUCUCCCCAAGGCAACUUUGCAGAGCAUGAUUGGAAAAUUUCCUACUUCAAAAUUGUAUCAGCGGAAAGUCUCGCUCUUUAGACAUCACACUGGUGAACACCAAUUUCGGGCAAGAAAGUGGAACACCUCAACAUGGGAAUUAUAUGCUCUCAUAAGAGAGUAUCUUUCUCUGAUCACUUGGUUAUUCACAUGGAGUUACCAUCAGCUAUGGACAAGAAAAUGGAAGGCGGCUGAAGAUAAAGCAAGGGCUAGGGGGGGGGAGACAAACACUAUACUGAAUAUUUUGCAGCCAAGGGAGUCAAUAAGAAGAAAAGGGAGGAAAUUGACUGCUGGCUUCUCAAAUCCAUUGGUAGUGAACACCCUUCUGGGUAACUUGAAGCCUGCUAAAUCACUAAUGCUGAAUUCAUGGCAACUCAAGUACCUAAAGGUGGAAACUCGGUUUGGUUUGCUAGCAGAAGUCUGCCUGGCUUUUCUUCUUUUCCCUAUAUUAAGAGGUCUGGGUUUAUUUCGGUUGCUUGGCAUCCAGUUUGAAGCUUUUAUAUGGGAAUGGCAGAUAUACCUUGCUGGGGAGAUCUGUCUGGUCACAGGGUUAGUGAUUUGGAUCACAUCACUUCCUCAAAUAAGGAGAAAACAGUUUGAAAUAUUUUACUACACACACCAUCUCUACAUGGUUUUUCUGGUAUUCUUCUUGUUUCAUGCUGGAGACCGUCACUUCUACAUGGUUUUCCCUGGAAUUUUUCUGUUUGGCCUUGACAAGCUCCUUCUAAUCAUACAAUCUAGACCCGAAACAUGCAUUCUUUCGGCACGAAUCUUCCCCUCCAAAGCUAUAGAGCUUAUUCUACCAAAAGAUCCCGGGCCCAAGUAUACACCAACAAGCAUUAUAUUUGUGAAGGUACCAAGUAUAUCCAAAUAUGAGUGGCACUCAUUUAGCAUUACUUCCAUCUCUAGGGUUGAUGACAACACAAUAUCUAUAAUGAUCAAAUCCGAAGGAUCGUGGACAAGUUCUCUCUCCCAUAUGAUCCAAACUAGGCAAGAGUCGGAUGGCGAUCAGACGAAGUACAUACCUAUUGCAGUAGAAGGCCCUUAUGGACCUGUCUCCAUGGACUUCCUAAGUGCCCAUGACAUGCCCAAGAAAUUCCCAAGGCAGCUUGCUUCGAAAUCUGUCCACAACACAGCCUGUGCACACCUUGCUUCAACAUCUGUCAUCAACAUGGCUAUGAGAGGCUUGUCGAACCGGGUGCGCACAUGUGCCAUGACAAAAGCAUCAAACUAUCUCUUGGUUCCAUCUCUCACUUUCUCUUCACUCUCCCGUUGCUCAGCUCUCACUUUCUCGUCUCUUGUUGCUCAGCUCUCACUCUCACUGUCGUUGCUCAGCUCUCACUCUCUCUUCUCUCUUCUCUCUUCCUCUCCCAGCGGAAUCUGUUCAUCGAAGCUCAACUCCAUCGUUCACCUCCAACAGGGGUUUGUUCGAAAUUGGUUUAGGGUUUAG